AAAAGCAGUUCCAAGAAAGAAAAAAGAGAAAGAAAUAGCAAAAAUUGAAAUGAAGAGUGGCAAUGAAUGCUGAGUUUGAAAGAGUGAAAAAGCAGAGAGAGGACAGUCGUCGGAAGAAGACGAAACCAUCAAAACUUGAGACCAAUUCGCUGUUCCAUUUCUUCUUCUCUGUCGUGUAAACAUGGCUUCAUCAUCACUCACCUCCUUCCAAUUUCAUUCCACGCCAUACCAUUGCUUCCCUAAAAAACCCACAAUUUCCUUUUUCUUCUUACCCCAUCGACGACAACCGGACAUUCUCUUUUGGUUUCUUCCACUACACGCCAAGUUUUCCGGAAAAAUUUUCUUCCCUGAGUUGGCUUUAAGUUUCUUCAACCUCUUUGCGUAGCCUUUUUUCUGCUAUUUACGGUUUCAAGUUGGUAAAAGAUGUUGGAUAGUUUUGCUUACAAGAGCAUGAAGAUUGUAAUCUUCACAAAUAAACUCAACUUCCUUAUGCCUUUUGGGCCUAUAGCAAUUCUUGUGGAUGAGUUGGCUGGACACAAUUUGAGGUCUUUAUGUGGAUUCCAGAGUUGGGUCUUCCUCCUGAGUCUAUUGGGUAUCAUACCGUUGGCGGAGCGCUUAGGUUAUGCCACAGAGCAGCUAGCUUUUUACACUGGACCUACAGCUGGUGGUCUUCUAAAUGCUACUUUUGGAAAUGCAACAGAACUGAUUAUAUCUAUUUUUGCACUGAGAAGUCAAAUGAUACGUGUUGUUCAGCUGUCAUUGCUAGGCUCAAUUCUGUCGAACAUGUUGCUGGUGCUUGGUUGUGCAUUCUUCUGUGGUGGGAUUGUUUUCAAUAAAAAGGAACAGACGUUUAACAAGGCAACUGCUGUUGUCAACUCAGGAUUGUUGUUAAUGGCUGUCAUGGGCCUGCUCUUUCCCGCUCUUCUUCACUACACCCACAGUGAAGCCCAUUUUGGGAAGUCGGAAUUGGCACUCUCGAGAUUCAGCAGUUGCAUUAUGCUUCUGGCUUAUGCUGCUUAUCUUUUCUUCCAAUUGAUGAGUCAAAUGAAUCUUUAUUCUUCUGUUUAUGAGGAAGAAACUCACAGUGAAGAAAGCUCAGAUGAAGAUGAAGCUCCUGAGAUUUCCAAGUGGGAAUCAGUUAUCUGGCUAUCAAUUUUGACUGUCUGGAUCUCUGUUCUAUCAAAAUAUUUAGUCGAUGCAAUCGAAAUUGCAUCUGAAUCAUUGAAAAUCCCAGUGUCCUUUAUUAGUGUUAUACUGCUUCCGAUUGUGGGGAAUGCUGCUGAGCAUGCAAGCGCUAUUAUGUUUGCUAUGAAAGAUAAGCUAGACAUUUCUCUUGGUGUAGCUAUCGGAUCAUCAACUCAGAUAUCUAUGUUUGGGAUUCCUUUCUGUGUGGUAACUGGGUGGAUUAUGGGACAACCAAUGGACUUGAACUUUCAACUCUUUGAGACGGCAACACUUUUUAUAACUGUAAUAGUCGUAGCUUUCUUGCUCCAGGAAGGAACUUCAAAUUACUUCAAGGGACUGAUGCUUAUCCUUUGUUAUCUGAUAGUUGCAGCUAGCUUUUUCGUACACGUCGAUCCUCCUUUAUCCGAGAAUAAACUGGAGAGUUUGAAAGCGGAGUGAGCAGAAGAGCUUUCUCCAUGAAAACAACUUAGCUCAAAGAUAAACCAUGUACGACUAAAAGGGAAGGAAGAUUUACUUGAAGAAAAUGCUUUGAAGUUUUGUUACAAUGCUAGAGGUACUGUAUGUACCUAAGCAGUGCUGCUCUAACUUGGACUUUCUUAUCUCUAGGAGGAAACUUAAUUCUGUGUGUAAUUGAACUGUAAAUAUUGGUCAAUUCCAGAUCCUAGAUCUACAGCUUUUAUGAAUAAGAACGUGUCUUUUUUCUUUUUCUCA